UUCUUCUGGACCACCAUGGCUGGCUGCGACCCUCCAUUCUCCCUUUCUGUGUUCCAACCUAUCCAAUGGAAAACAGAGAGGAAGCAUAUAUACAAUGCCACUCUUGGUCUUCGAGCUUCUGACUACAGACCCGGUUGUCCUCUGACUAGACACGUACCUGUGGGAACACUAGGCUACCGCCUUCCAAAGGACCAGGUGUUACUUGUUGUGGCCAAAGUGUUGUGGUCCCUAAGCCCUUCUCUUCUCUGGUCGCCUCUAUCACAUCCAAUGGGACGGAGAGUAUGUGCUCGGCUUUUACUCUCCAGUCGAUCCGCUAUUAUUCUUGUUGUCACAUAUGAGCUUUCCCACUCAGCGAUCAAGGCCAGCACCGAGGUGUUCUUCGCUGCUCGAUCAUUGGGUAGCCAAACUCAAAAAUUCCUCCUGUUAAUACCGUCUCCGCCUACACAACGCACCCCCCAGCCUCUCUCGCUCCCUUGGCAGAAGAUACAAGGAGAAAUCAUCGAGGACGCAGCCGCCGUCGCAUUCACGCAUAUGGGUCUAGGCGGAGUCUUUGGGACUGCUACUCGGUCCCAACCACACACUCUUCACUUUCCCUGCUCUUAA